AUGGCUUCAGCGGCAAGAAACAGUUUGAGACGCGCUCUGCUUUACGUCCCUGGAUCCUCGCAAAGAUUCCUCGACAAAUCGCGCUCUCUUGCAGCAGACUGUGUCGCGUACGAUCUUGAGGACAGCGUGACUCCGCACAAGAAAGCAGAAGCACGCACUCUCGUGCGAAGAGCCCUCGACCAGCCUGCUCCAUUGCAGAUCCGUGAACGAGCAGUCAGAAUCAACUCUGUGGACAGCGGACUGGCUCUGGGCGACCUGACCGAAGUCCUGCAAUCCCCCAACUUGACAACCCUCGUUGUCCCAAAAGUCAACUCAGCAUCUGACCUCACCUUCAUCAACGACGUCAUCACUCACACGCUGGGCGAGUCAAGUCUCUCGCGCAGUCCCAUUUCAAUCCUGGCACUCAUUGAAUCAGCAAAAUCAAUCACCAAUCUGAAUGAAAUAUGCAAAGCAACCCCCUUGCUGCAGGGUCUCGUAUUCGCCGCUGAGGACUUUGCGCUCGACUUGAGCCUCACGCGGACACCAUCACUCACAGAGUUUCUGUUUGCAAGAUCGGCCAUAGCAACGGCUGCGCGAGCACAUGACUUACCCUCAACCAUCGACUUGGUCUGUACGGCCUAUAAAUCCGAUGAACCCAAUCGACCGCCAGCAGUUCUGGAAGAGGAGUCAAGGGCCGGGAAGAGGCUCGGCUUUAAUGGUAAACAGUGCAUUCACCCUACGCAGGUGCAGACUGUGCAGCGGGUCUUCAGUCCAGAAGAGGAUGAGGUGGAAUGGGCUGUUAGGGUCGUCAUUGCAGAUGCUAAAGCGGCUGAUUCUGGCAGAGGUGCUUGGACUCUCGAUGGCAAGAUGAUUGAUGUCCCUGUAGCUGAAAAGGCGAAGGCCAUUGUGCGCCGAGCAGAGGCCUGUGGACUGGACAUCACCAGAUUACGAGAGCAGUGGCAGGGACAAGAGCCGGAAUAG